UGAACGUUCACGCUUACGUUUACUGUGUAGCAGUCUUUAGAUGUGUUUUUACGUUAACCUCUUCAAAAUAGAACGCGAAAACUGAAGAGCACGAAAAUGGCGCAGGCGCAGAAGAUUAUACAGGCCUUCAAGGUGAAGGCCGCUCUCGGAAGACUUGCUCGAGCUAAAGAGAAUGCUCUUCGGGAAAUGGCGGGACUUCCACCAAUCCGGCCAUGGUAUGAGGACUGCUACAUCAGCUGCAUGGGCGGACUAAAGCAAAUGUGCUGUAAGGCAUUUUGCCCGUGCUGCAUUAAACCGUCACGUCCAAGGUUAAAAAAAAUCCCAAUAUCAUGCUGUGGGCGGAUGUUCGCUGCAGACACCUACGAAAAUGAAUGUCUGAAGAAUUUCCUCGGUUUCUUCAGCGGCAUCGUGUUGUCCUUUCUGUUGUAUCUACUGAUGGCCCUACAGAUGAAUCUCCCCCUGCUGACCUCCACGAUCAUAUCAUCCAGUCUCGGCUUGGUGCUUAGCCUCGGUCUGGCAUUCUCGGAUACGUUUCGCUGCGUGGUGCUGUUGAUGCUUCCGUCGUUUUGUUCCAGUAAAGGUCGCUCCUUCCUCCUGAUGUACGCCACGAUUCUCAUACUCAACUACCCAGUCACAAACUUCAACCACAACAUCCUUGUAAUGUCCGAGAGCGCCACCUGCGGGCAAAGUUUGGCACAAAAUGAAACUAGACAGCUUAUAGACGAGGCGAUGUCACCUGUCGCCGCUCUCCUAGACGGCAUCAGAGACAUGCUCCGUGCAAUUAGACAAUUUGCUGAGACUAUUCGGCAGGCUUUUCUGGCUCUAAAACGAGCUAUUGAGGAAAUAGGCGAGGCAAUUGGAAGAGUCCUAGACUGGCUUAUAUCUAUUGUCAAUAUCUGCAAUCACAACAUGGGCGCACCCUAUCGCAGGUGUAGGAAGUCAUUUGACGAGGCUAUACAAGACUGUCGAAAUAGACUUGGGGUGUUUAAAUUCAUUUGUGAAAUUGUGGAUUGGGUGGCGCAAUUGUGUCAUAUUGCACGUGCAGGGGAACUGUUUUGUCUUGUGGCGUCUGAGAUCGUGAACCACGUGGGACGAGCUAUCGGGAAGCGCGCAACUAAGAUCCUAGACAGCGUCCACGCUAUGUUCUACUUCAACGUCACGAUCGACUACCACUACAACCUUAGUAUGACACAGUCCAAGAGCUAUGAGGAAGUCAAGGAAGACAUCAUGGUAGAGAUCAAAGCAACGCUGAAAGGUCUCGCUGACCUCAUCAACGCCGCCGACCACGUCAUGACUUUCAUGGUGACAUUUGUAGUUAUCAAGGCAGUAAUGUACAGAUAUAAAUACAUCCACAAGAGCCAUUUCGAUAACGCAUUCAUCACUGCGCAUGUUCAUAAAAUUGACGAUCGUCGUCAGGAGUUAGGAAGGGAAACCAUCUUCCCAUUAAUGCCGGAGGAGAAGAGGAAGUAUGGCCGUGCGUCUUCUCCCAGACUUCUCAGAUCGGAAAAAAUGAAGAUGGCAAGUGGUGUCGCGUUCUGGAUAUUUGCUUCGAGUCACGGCUGCUUCUACCUUAUGUGCGACUACGGUUUGUACUGGGUCCUGUCUCUCAUCAGAACCCACUUCGAGAUCAAGACCAACUCGGCAAUUCCACCCCACACCAAGUUACACGUGCAGGGAGAGGGGGCAAUGGCGGACAUGUACCGAGCCUUGAUAUCCGUCCUUGACCCUGUGUCCGAGGCUAACCUUGAUGUAGACACCACCCACUGUCUGCCAAAUCCAGCGGUGCCUAACUUUGCCAUCUAUGAAACUGUAGCAAUAAUAUACAGCGUGUGUUUCUUCAUGUCAGUGUUUGAGGCCUACGCCAUGCGCCUACGUCACGUGAUUGCCGCGUGCUACCACCCAGGUCGAGAGGAACAGAGGGCAGUGUGGUUGUACAAUCAUAUUCUCAAAACAAGAGGUGGUUUUCUCAAAUUUGCCCGACGGCAGAUACGUCGGAAGUACAUGAAGGACCAGGAUGUGCAAAAGGCCAGCAUCCGGUGCCGUCUGGCGGCUCAGUAUCCGUUAUUUGGGAAGCUUCUGAAGUUUCUUGGAUAUGAGCGAAAGAUUUGUCUGAUGUGUGGUAAGGAAGGGAAGAAAAACGAUGACGAGAAUUUCUUGGACUGCGCCAGUACCGGCUGUGAAGCGGUGUACUGCAUCAACUGCUAUGACGACCUCCAAAACAUGUGCACGGCAUGCAUGAACCCCGUUGAUUACGGCGACCUCAGUGACGUCAGUGAGGAGAGGGAUUCCAGCGAGGAUGAGGAAGAAAUUGAAAGAAAGAAGAAAGAUGCGAAGGAAAGGAAAGAAAGACAAGCGUUAAGGAGGGAAGAAAGACGCGCUAGUCGAACGUUGCUCAGCUUCAAAGAAACACUAAAUGUGCCGUCUUCCGCGCACAUCAGUGACUCCACGGAAAGCUCCAGCUCAGAUGGCAGCAUCAGUUCCAGUUCUGAUGAUGAAGACUACGAUUACCAAUACCGGAAAACAGGAUCAGACAAUGAGCCAUCGGAUUCUGACCAAUCAGAACCGUCGAAAAGGGGAGAUCACUCAAAACAUGACUACGUUUCCACCGAUAUUUUUCAGUCAGACACGGACACAGAUGCUGCUCUGUCUGAUCCUGUGUUUUCGUCAGACGAGGAAAUACACUGACCAACAAUGGACACUAGUAUGCACUUAUUUUGGCUUGCUGGGCGUAUCAGUAUGAAAUUCGCUGUGAUCGCGAAUCUAUGUUGGGAAAAGUAAAACCGGCGCUGUACAUAGCUACGAAUUCGCAUUAACUGAAGAACUGAAAUUAUUCAUAACCCUAGCUUCGAUAACCCACUUGGGGGCAUCCAUAUUCGAACUUAAUCCAAUAGUUUCACACGUUCACGUGACUAUCACACCAUAAAAACGUCGCAAGGCAGUCGUGAGACUUAAUUCUUAUAUUCUUUAAAACAAUUGUUCUCAACAACGGGGGAUCGAUUGACAGCGAAAUCAUGUAAUAUCACCACGAGCGGUUGGUUACCCAAUUACCCUGUCUAGUGUAUCACUAAUUGCUUGUCGUAAGAGGCGACUAACGGGAUCGGGUGGACAGGCUCGCUGACUUGGUUAAUGCAUGUCAUCGUAUCCCAAAUGCGUGGAUCGAUGUUCAUGAUGUCAAUCACUGGAUUGUCUGGUCCAGACUCGAUUAUUUACAGACUGCUGUCAUAAAGCUGGAGUAUUGCUGAGCAUGCUGAUUGCGGCGUUAAACAACAUGAAACUGAACUAAUUUAUUAGGACCCGUGGAAAUCCAGGUUAGAAUAGGUCUUCAGCAACCCAUGCUUGCCUUUAGAGGCGACACUGCUUGUCGUGAGAGGGCACUAGCGGCAUCGGGUGGUCAGGUUCGCUGACGAACCCCAAAUCGAAUCGAAUCCCAAAUGCGCAUGAUGUCAAUCACUUGAUUGUCUGGUCCAGACUACAGACCUCCGUCAUAUAGCUUGAAUAUUGCUGAGCGUGGCAAAGAAAAAAAUUAAUUUAUUAGUCAUAGAGCUUUGAUACGUAAUCAGGGAUGUUCUAUAGUCUACCAGUCAUUUGUGUUCAUACUCGUACUGCAUGGCUAUGGUGCUUGUACAUGUCUCGUUUAUAGCCUGUAUAAAUUAUGGCAAUUAUAAAUCAAACAUUGUACGUUAUUUACUGUUAAAGUGUAUAAAGUUAAAAAAAAUAUUCGAUGUGUUCCCCAAAU